GAAAACUAGAACAACUCCAAAGGAGUGACAUCGUUGUCUGACGGUGUAAAGAGUUGGGACCAGUUUAUUACUAACCAACGGGGAACUUCCAGGACGACCAUCUACCAGACCACCAACUUUUUCUGCAGCUCCCAACUGCACACGAAGAUAGUGGGCUAUAGAAUCAACGGGCUACGGCACACCUCUCCCUUUGAACUAAUUGGUUGACUGAACCUGAAUAUGCAUGCCGUCUUGCACCCGUAAAACCCGAGCUGCCAGAAGAACCGUCCCGGCAGAUCUCCACAGUCACCAGCGCCAAUCCCAUCACUCUAACAAACUUCUGCUGCGGCUCAUUACAAACCUACAUAACGGAAGCAAUAGGAAACCCCUCCAUAUCGUGACCAACGGUCAAUGCGGGCUACAGCCUACAGAUCCUACCAACUAUCUAGCAUAGGCGGCUCGACUGGACGGUAGCCAUGCAUAAUACAAUGAUCGGUUCAACUGGAAUAGACCAGGAUAACCAUAUGGCUCAUGAUAACUCAUAUUCGAACGAACAAUGGGUUGACAUGAGCGCCUAUACUCAUUUGGCGAUGACAAGCUAUGGCGGUGAUUACUACAUCCCACCAGUGACUCAUGGAUUACCCUCCGAGUCCAUCGGCAUGGCUCCACCACCUGUUCCGCAUCCAAUGCACAGCCAGCCGCAUAAUAACUUUGCAAACCAUCUUCCACAUCCUUUGAUAAUACCAACGCAGCAGCCUUCUCAGGUUCCAUGGCCCAGUCUCCGGACUAAUCCCUCCCAGAGCUAUUCAGCUCCUCCUGUACCGAUCCCCCCAGCAUCGGCUCCCAUGAGGCAGCCACCGAAGCUACCCACGAUUAACACGUCUCAACCCAGGAAGACCUUGACGGACGAGGAUCGUCGGAAUAUGUGCCUGUUCCAUGAGGAUAACCCCCAUGCUAAGCAGACAGAGAUUGGCCAAAAGUUUGGCGUUGAGCGAAGCACGGUAUCUAAGGUAUUGCGAAGGAAGGAAUUAUAUCUCAAUCUGGACAGCCAAGGUGGAUCUCCGGUGAAGAAGACCAAGGGAAAGUCUCCGCCGGACAUUGAACGAGCUCUGGCGAACUGGGUAAGGGGUCAACAGAAGAAGGGUGUCGUGACCAUCACAGCUUCCUGGAUCGAGAAAUUCAAACAGAAACACAAUAUUGGACCUGGAAAACUGAUCCGGAGAGCAUCGGAAACCGCGAUCCCGGACAACGCCCGACUGGACACAGGUUCGCCGUUAAUAUCCACGCAGACACCAGGAGGAAUUUCACCAGCUUCACCUUCCAACCAGGCACAGUCUCCGCAGGCUCCUUCGAUGACCGAGAAAUCCGAGGGGAAAGACUCCAUCUCGUCUAGCUUCAUGGACUUCGAGACCAACGGAUACCGCCAUCCUCAUUCACAGAGUUCCACCUCACUCUCCAGCGCCGUCACAGAUCCACCGAGCUCGACAUUCUCAGCAGGUGCUUUCAGUCCAGCCUCACAGUUCAACUUCUCCCCGGAUCCAAACUCGGGAAUGUUCGGUGACCGGAAUCAGAUCCAUCCAGGAAAUGCCAAUUUUCAACGCCCUCGGAGUCAGACAGUGCCAGACCUAGGACCCCUCGACUACAUCAACCAAUCUCAGUCCAGCGAACCACUAACACCCAAGUACAGCCAGACUGGAACGGCGCCCUCCUCAGCUCUCGAGUCGCCCACCCACGAGAUGCCAGCUCCGUCUUUCGGGGGGCUGGACUCGGCCAUCUCUCCCACGCCGCUGCACCAUGUGAGCAGCAACGGCAGUCUAGCCGGGCGAUCUACCUGUUCAGGAGCAGCCAUCUCCGGGACGCCGAUGGUUUCAUCGCCGAGUUCCCCGACGCAGGAGGACGCAAGGCGAGCAGCAGACACGCUGCUCAGCUUUCUGCAGCACUUCAAGUCCACGGGCCUGGUCGACCACAACGAGUUCUUGACUAUCCAGAACCUGACUGAGAAGCUAAGGUUACAGCCACCACCACUACCGCUGCUGCCGCCUCCACAGCAGCAGCAGCAGCUACAUGGGGGUCCCCAGGCUAACUCAGCUACUCAGGGCCUCGGCGGGUUAUCGCGGAUACCGGAAGGCGACACCGAGAUGACGGCUCCCCCACACCUAGUCAAGCUCGAAGCGACGAUGACUGUAUAGCAACCACACCUACCUACCUACGAGAAGCAGUAUUAUUUUGUAAAGAAGGAAGGAAAGCCAGCUUGUAUUUCCUUUAGGUAACUAUGGCUUGAGCUUCUUUCUCUACCUACAGCCAACCUGACCGGAAUCCC